UGUCAUUUCAUUUGACAUUUCACUGAACAUUUCACAUUCGUCAAAAAAAUUGUUAUUCGUUUGUUUACAUUUCCAUUUUCCCUUAUUUUGCGACAAUGGAAACUAAAAAACACGUUUUUACCGCGACAGAAAAGAAAAUUUUUACGGAUAUAAUUAAGAAAUUCAGUGGAAUAAUUGAAAAUAAAGACACAGACGGCGCUACGUUGAAAUUGAAAAAUGAAGCCUGGGAUCAAGUGACUGAGGAAUAUAACGCCAGUGCUCAUGUCGUAAAUAAGGCAACACAUAAACAACUCCGUCGCUUGUGGAUGAAUUUAAAACAGCGUCAGCGAGAGGCGUUGUCAAAGGAGCGUCAACACAGACUGACCGCUGGAGGAGCAUUCGCCAGUGACGCCAUGGACCCUGAUGUCGCCGCACUCGCUCCAGUAUUCAUAGGAGUUGAUGCAUCUAUCGAUUCAGAUACACAUCAAGGAAUUCACAACUCGGAUACCGAGUCUGAUGAACAGGGAAGUGUUAAAACAGAACAAGUAAACUUUAGGGUGAGAUCAGAUUUCUUUGAACCUCAAGUCUCUACUGGAGAGCAUCUUAUCCCACAAAUUGCUGGUACAUCAAAUCAAUCCUCAUUCCAAACAAAUAUGUCAGUUGACUGUAUGGAAGCAAGUAUUUUAGAGAAAGAGUACCAGUACAGACAGAAGCGGGCUGAUGAGAAACACAAGCUGGAGAUGAUGGUGCUUCGGGAGCAGUAUAGGGAAGCCAAGGCUAAGGCUGAUCUCGCUGAACUUGUUUUGAAACAGAGGCAGAGUAUGUAAGAUUUGACUUUGUACUAGUUCAGUAGUAAACUCCACUCUUUAGUGUGCUAAAAUGCUCUAUAGUAUUGAGCUGACUUGUGGAUACAAUUGUGGAACUCCUAUGUGAUUGGUGUUGAUGUUUUCCUUACAACUUAUGUCUCUCAACACAUACAGAAUAUUUGACCUCAAAAAGGCCAAAAGAGAAUAUAUUUAAUUAUAUAAAAUGAAGUAUUUAUGUGAAUAUUUUAAAGCUAUAUGUUUUAUUGGAAUUAUAUUUUUGUUUUAUUACUAUUUAA